AUGCGCGCGUCUUUUGUCAUUCAGCCUACGCGGGGCCUGGGUUGGAUGACCUUGGGUGCCUCUUUGCAUGCAGUCUUGACACGGCUGAAGUCGCAACCGCAACUGUAUCCAAAGAUUGACCUUGCGUAUUCAUCUUCAGAGCCAGUCCUCGAUCCGAUUGUACUCAACCUUCCGGCUAACGGCCUGCGACUGAGGUUCGAUGGACCUGACCACCGACUUCGACUUAUUGAGAUCAUCGACUUUUCAAAAUCCAACUUUUCUUACAAGUCUAUGGAUCUGGUUCGCCGUGUGGGGAGUUCAAGUGAGACUUCGCCUGACUACGUUUCCGGCCCAUCCUUCAAGCAUUUGUACAAUCGUCUAUUCGGACCUACAUAUGCUGGGGAGUACAUUCCACCAACCACAACGGAUGGCGACGGGACUUACGUUUUGUCCUGGCCAGGUCUGGCAGCCAGAUUUUCACUAAGACAUCGUGCCUGGUCAGACAAGGCUGAUUUCGUGACCUUGUUGUCGUCGUCAGCCGCCUCUCUAGCUAUAACGAUGGCUAUCUUCGCGGGUACAUCUUGGUCGGAGGCCCGGAUAAAUCUAUUCAGCGAGCGUCCUCUUCUACCAAGAUCUCUAGUUCUUGCUAGCCGGACGUCGGAAACCGUACCUGACGAGGUUGAAGAGGUCAUAGUCCAUACUGGAGGCCGGCUCGAGCUCUUUCGCCGCUCGCUAUCACCCUUCGUCGUUAACUUGAACGAAACCACACCUCAAGAUAUUGUGGCAGAACUUGGACCGCCAGACGCAAUCUUUCGCAAGUCACGGACCGGCUUGUCCAUCCAUGCCAGUGCACCGCUCAAGGACCGGCGGCCUAGUAUGUCUCCAGGGCUUGAGCCCUACUCUCGCGAGAAUGAACAGACCUCCUCCCGGAGUUAUACUGAUGAGUCCGAGAAUGAAGUCACGAUCGAUGACAACGUAGAUGACAGAGGAGAUUCAGAAACUUUCUACAACUACUUCCACCAUGGCUUCGAUCUUCUAAUAUCCACCCCGCAGCAGUGCAGGAAUAGCCAUGCGUCGGAGAUUGGCGUUGACACACCCGCAAUGUUUGUCGUUACUAAGGUUUUCCUUCAUGGCAACAUCCCCGGGUCUUACUCCUUCAACAGGCAUAGAAGGAGUCGUUGGCGAAUUUUACUUGACGACAAUGGACAUCCUCUAUCCCUUACUUCAGAGAUGAGGUUCAGUGAGGUUUCGGAUAUCUUGAAGGACAUAUACCAUGGUAGCUAUGCGAACGGUGAGGAGGAGAGGAAAAUGCAGCGGGGAAUGGUACUCAAUCGUGGGUGGGGCGUGGCAGACAGCCCGGAAAGCUCGAUCGAGCUCUUAGGAGGGUUCGAAGAAGGGCCAACACCUGAGGGACAGGCCACGUCUGGAAUUGGUGUAGAUGCUAGCAUGUCGAGUCUGAACAAUACGGAAUUGUUUGGGUUUCCGGGCAUGCUGUUCGAGGUCCUGAAAAAUGACCACAUCAGUUGUUUGACCGUCUAUAAAACGGGCUCGUAG